CGAAACGAUUAUUAUAAUUUGAGAUAUAGACUGUCCAUGCAUGCAAGUUAUUCUCUAUACCUCUUAAAAAGGCAAUCUCAUCUCAGUAAUUCUCCGUUACCCAACCAUAACCGGACCAACGAAUAGGAUAUUUUGAUCGUUAAAACAUUUCCAGUAUUAUGCAUCUUCGUUUCAACUUGUCACCAAGGAUCUUGUUGCUAUUUCUAACACUAUUAUCAGGGACAAAAUGGUCGGAGUCAGCUCGAGUAUUCACAAUCGCAAACUCAUGUGACCAAACAAUCUGGCCAGCGAUAACACCCGGAGAAAACUUCAACGGCGGAGGAUUCGAGCUCAAACCGGGCCAAUCCAUAGUCUUCAACGCGCCAGUAGGUUGGUCAGGUCGAAUAUGGGGCCGAACCGGCUGCAAUUUCGACAAAACCGGAACCGGAACAUGCGAAACCGGUUCAUGCGGCUCGACCCUAAAAUGCUCAGCCUCCGGAAAACCACCGGCUUCACUCGCUGAGUUCACGUUAGCCGCAUUGGAUUUCUACGACGUGAGUCUCGUCGACGGAUUUAAUCUUCCGAUGUCGGUGACUCCGAUGAACGGAAAGGGAAACUGUAGUGUCGCCGGCUGUGUGGCUGACCUGAGAUCGAAGUGUCCGCCGGAGCUUGCCGUGAACUCUAAGGGGAAAGUGGUUUCGUGUAGGAGUGCUUGUGAUGUGUUCGAUAGAGAUGAGUAUUGUUGUAGAGGAGUUUAUGGGAAUCCUGUUACGUGUCGACCAACAAAUUAUUCGAAAAUGUUCAAGGAAGCUUGUCCUACUGCUUAUAGCUAUGCUUAUGAUGAUCCGACCAGUAUCUUCACUUGUUCCGGCACUGAUUACGUCAUCUCUUUCUGUUCCUCCAAGAAGAAGCCGGUGUGUACGUACCAUGAUAAGAAGUUGGCAUGCAGCGAUGGUUCUGGUUCAAGUGGAUUCAGGACGAUGACUGGGAGAUUGUGGCUUAUAUUGAUGUCUCUUUUUGCUUUUAUCUACUCUUAGUUCUUUUUUUUCGAGGAAAAAUCCUCAGGUCACUAAGCCACGUUAAAUUCAAAGAUAAAAUGUCCCUAUCGAAAAUCAUC